AUGGGAAUGUGUGAAUCACGAGAGGAAUUGAAAGAUACUUAAUUUGGAAGAUCAACAAUAUAACCAAAGAUGUCAGAAUAUCCAAAUUUAGAUUUUUAUAAAGGAGUCUACCCAUUUUAGCUUAAUAAUUAGAUCUAAUUUCAUAUAAAGCAUUGGAAAACCUAUAAUUAACCAUAUUAAUGGAUUAAAUUUUAUUCAGAUUUAGAAUCAGAUAAGCAAUUUAUGUAAUGGCUUUAUCCAAAUUUUUUCUAAUCAUUUUUGAAUACAACUAGUUUUAGAUUAUCAAUAAAGGAAAGAAAUAGUUUCAUAGAAGAUGAAUCUGUAAUAUUGAUUAUUUAUAAAUUAGAUUAUGAAAUAGUAUUUGGAUAACAUAAAAAUGUUUUAGAGAUUCUUAGGGAUUGGAAGAGAUGAAAGUUAAUAAUUAUAAAUAUUAGAUCAAUAAUAGUUUGAUCAAUGUAUUUACUCUUACACGUAAAAUUAGGUAAGGAUUUAAAGAUUUAUUUCAUCAAUGAGUAUAUUAGGUUAAAGAGAAUUGGCACUUGAAUUAUUAUAAGUUAUAAAGAAUAAAUUGACAAAGAAAAAUAAGAUAUAUUAAUCAAAAUUUUAAGGUUUUGAGUUAUUAGUUGAAGAAUUAGAUUUAUCAGCACAAUCUUUAUUUUCAAAGAAAGUAUUUCUAAUUAUUUUAUAAUAAGAAACCUACAAAAUCAUUUGGAGAAUAUAAAACACAUUAUGUAUAAGAGGAUCUAUUGAAUGAACCAUGGGUAUAGGCUUCAAUAUUAACAAAAGCACCAAUAAUAGUCAUUUAAGAUAAAAGGGAAUCGUUUGAGAUUAAAUAAGAAGUUUGA